GCCUUAUAUAAGGCCCCCUGGGGGAGACACAAACAGCUUGUUAGAGCUGAGCUGCCCUACCACAGCAGCUGCCGGACCCUAGGACAGAGCACCAGCCACUGCCACAUCCACCUCCAGCCCCACUGGAUCCAACAGCCCCAGUCACCAGUUUUGGUUCAUCUUGCCUGGUGCCAUGACCUUCUCGGAAAUGCUGGAUCGCGUUGGAAGCAUGGGCCCCUUCCAGUACCUGCAUGUGACCUUGCUGGCCCUCCCAAUCCUUGGAAUGGCCAACCACAACUUGCUACAGAUCUUCACAGCCACCACCCCUGCCCACCACUGUCGCCCACCCCCCAAUGCCUCUAUGGGGCCCUGGGUGCUCCCCUUGGGCCAUAAUGGAAAGCCUGCAAGGUGUCUCCGGUUCGUGCAUCUGCCCAACGCCAGUCUUCCCAAUGCCACCCAGGGGGCCACCGAGCCGUGCUUGGAUGGCUGGAUCUACAACAGCACCAGAGACACCAUUGUGACAGAGUGGGACUUGGUGUGCAGCUCCAACAAACUGAAGGAGAUGGCUCAGUCGAUCUUCAUGGCAGGCAUACUGAUUGGAGGACCUGUGUUUGGAGAACUGUCAGACAGGUUUGGCCGCAAGCCCAUCCUGAUCUGGAGCUAUCUAAUGCUGGCAGCCAGUGGCUCAGGUGCUGCCUUCAGCCCCAGCCUCCCCAUCUACAUAGUCUUCCGGUUCCUGUGUGGUUGCAGCAUCUCAGGCAUUUCUCUGAGCACCGUUAUCUUGAAUGUGGAAUGGGUACCCACCUCGAUGCGGGCCAUCUCUUCAACCACAAUUGGGUACUGCUACACCUUUGGCCAGUUCAUUCUGCCCGGCUUGGCCUAUGCCAUUCCUCAGUGGCGCUGGCUACAGUUAACCACAUCUGUUCCCUUCUUCAUCUUCUCCCUGUCAUCUUGGUGGGUUCCAGAGUCCAUACGGUGGCUGGUUCUGUCUGGGAAAGUUUCAAAGGCCCUGAAGACACUCCAGAGGGUGGCUACCAUCAAUGGCAAGAAGGAGGAAGGGAAGAAGCUCACCGUGGAGGAGCUGAAGUCCAACCUGCAGAAAGACAUUAUCUUAGCCAAGGUCAAGCAUGGCUUAUCUGACUUGUUCCGCGUGUCCAUCCUGCGCCGUGUGACCUUCUGCCUCUCCCUGGCCUGGUUUGCUACUGGUUUUGCCUACUACAGUUUGGCUAUGGGGGUAGAAGAAUUUGGAGUCAACAUCUACAUACUCCAGGUCAUCUUUGGCGGGGUUGACAUCCCAGCCAAGUUCAUCACAAUCCUCUCCAUAAGUUAUCUGGGCCGGCGCAUCACUCAAGGCUCCCUCCUGCUCUUGGCAGGAGGGGCCAUCUUGGCACUCAUCUUUGUGUCUUCAGAAAUGCAGCUCCUGAGAACAGCGCUGGCUGUGUUUGGGAAGGGAUGCUUGUCCGGCUCCUUCAGCUGCCUCUUCCUCUACACAAGUGAGCUCUACCCUACAGUCCUCAGGCAAACAGGUAUGGGUGUUAGUAACGUGUGGGCUCGCGUGGGAAGUAUGAUGGCCCCACUGGUGAAAAUCACUGGUGAGGUGCAUCCCUUCCUCCCUAAUGUCAUCUUUGGGAGCCUGGCCCUACUGGGAGGCAGCGCCGCCUUCUUCCUGCUUGAGACCCUCAAUCGGCCCUUACCAGAGACUAUCGAGGAUAUACAACACUGGCACCAGCAAGUCAAGAAAGCAAAGCAGGACCCAGAAGCAGGAAAGGAAUCCCAGACAAUUCCUCUGAAGACUGGUGGAUAGGAACAGC